CUUUGUUUUCUUUUUAGAAAUUAUUUUCAGAUCGAAAUCAUGUCACUGAAUGAUGUUAUAUUAGAUCAUGAAUCAAAUCAGUGCCUAUUUGUAUGCACUAAGUGUGGAGCAGAAUAUGUUACACGAGAUAUGUUAGCUAUGCAUAUGAUGGAUAGUGCACGUGCUGGAAUGUGUAUAGAAACUGAUGCAACCACUAAUGCAUCAAAUGUGAACAAUAGUACUAAUCAUAAGAUAACUCUCUGUGAAGAUCUCGUUGAUUCAGAUAAACUUAUUACACAGAAGCAUGAUGGAAUAUCAAACAAUUUUAAUCCUUCAUCGUAUCGUUCUUCUUUAUCAGGUUGGAUAGGUGAAAGAACUGAACCAAUAUUUAAUAUAUUAUUUAAUCAACUCACUUUACCGAAUUUAUAUUCUAUACAAAAUUCCACAACAAAUAAUAAUAGUAAUAACAGUAAUGAUACAACCAGUUUUCAUACAAGUCCGAAAAACCGUAGAUUCUUAUCAGGAUACGAAGGUAAUAUACCUUCUUUUAGAGGAUGUCAAAUAAAUCAAGAUAAUUCUUCAUCAUAUAUAGAUAUUCAAAAAAGUGAAUGUCUACAUAAUCUGCUGCUGAAUUCAAAAUAUCCAACAAGUAAUAUUCCACCAAAUAUAAAGAUGAAUUUAAUUCGGUCUUUAAAAGUUAAUGAAACGAAUGUAUUUCCAAAAUCAACAAUAAAAGACAGUGUUAGAAAUAUGAAUGAAAAAUCUAACUCAAACGAUUAUAAAAUUAAAAUGAAAAAUGUUCCUAGUGAAGUUGUAACAAGUCAAACAUCAACAUCAUCAGUAUAUUCUUUUAUAAAGUCUCUUAAUGGAUGUAAUGCUAUAUCAACCUCAAAUCGUGAUAUUUCAAAAUCAUUGAAUUUCUCAUCAGGCACAUCAUUAACUAAUGAAGAUCAAAAAUUUAUAAAUAAUAUUCAAUGUAAAUCUCAUAGAGAAAAUCAAGACGUUAAUAGUCAAGAAAGUUUGAAAAUUGCUAUUCUAGAUUCAAAUGUAAAAUGUAUUGAGAAUCAUAAAGUUUCUAAAGGUAGUGAGUUAUUUGAAGAUGUUAAGAGAUAUGAGAUUAUUGAUCAACCCCUCACAAUUAAAAGAAGUCGAUCAUUGCCCUCACCACGAGGAUUAGGAAAUCAACAAAGAAAUUGUGAAAUGAAUUAUUCGGUUUUGGAAGGAAAUAAUCGAUUUUUGAAUGCAAGUAAUAUGAACAACAGUGAUGGUGUUUUUCAUAAGACACGACGUGACCGCAGGUGUUAUAAGAAGUCGGGGUUUAGAAAUUUGCGUAAAUUUGUAAAUUACAAUCGAUCCAAGCUCAAUAUUCUGAAAAAUUCACAUUUUGUAUCUGAAAUACACCAUGAUAAAGCAGGCAUGAAUUCAAACUGUUACAAUGACAGAGAAACUGAUACGAAUAUUCACAAUAAUAAUUUAAAUGAAAUGAACAGUCAAAAUACUAGUAAAGUUGAACACUUUCGGCCAAUUUUCCCAUACAUUUGUGAAUAUUGUCAAAUUGGAUUUGUUCAACAAGCUUUAUAUUGUUUACACAUGGGAAUGCAUUGUGUAAAUAAUCCAUUGAAAUGUAAUAUGUGUGCACAAACCUGUUUAGAUGUUUAUGACUUUAUUGGACAUACAAUGCAUUUUUGAGUAACUGAUAAAUUAUUUAUAUUUAACAUGCCAAUUAUUGAUAAAUGCUUAUCUUUCAAAUGUUGGUUUAUGGUUUUUGAAAUCGAAAGUUACAUAAGUCUCUUU